UGAAGAAGAAGAGAGUAGUGAGAGAAAAACCAAUUCUUGAAAGAAAAAAAGAAAAAAAAUUGGCCAAAAACCGCCAUGAAAGAACUGCCAUUUGAGGGCAGGUGAUCAGAUAUUAGUGCUCUUCCAUCAACACCAACAACAACAACCCACUGAUUCCUAUGCAUUUCUCUCAAUAAAAUUUAUAAUAUUUCCUUGUUCCAAUAUAUAUAAUACCCUCUCUCUCUCUUCUUCAUCUCUUCUUCUUCUGGUGAAGAUGAUCAGUAUUACUGGGUAGGGCAGAACUGAGAUUCUUCUUUCUUAUUGGCUUGCCUUUGUUUAAAAAGAGAGAAAUGUUGCAACUCCUUAUUUUGUUUUGAUUUGUGGGGUCUUGUCUUCAUUCACUCACAUUGAAACUUUCAAAUCUUUCUUUUUUCUUUUCUUUUACUUAUAAUGAAGUCAUGUAAACGUAUAAUAAAGUGAUUGAAGCAGCAACAACUAAAUUUUAAAGAUAAAAGAUAGUGUCUUUCUUCUUUAUCUUCUUUUGUUUGCAUGUGUUGAUGUAUUGUUUCGAUCAAUGAGCCAGAAGAGAGUCCAGAGACAGAGAGCUGGUGUGGUCAUGUCGGUAAUGGCAGCUGAGAGAGAUUCUUAUUAAGACCGAGAAACCGGGGGAAAAAAACUUAAAACUUUCUCUUCUUAGGUUCAAGAUCAUUGAUAGAGUCUGAUCGAUCAAUCUUCAUAGUUUUCUUUGUUAAAGGUUUCAGUUUUUUCAUCUUCUACUGCCAUUUUUGGCUUAAACCCACAAGAUUACUUCAGAUGCUUAGGAACAAAUCUACAGUAACAAGCAGCAGAAAGCAAGCUCUAAUGGCGGAUUAUGGAGCUUUACCAUCUUCGAAAGACAUAUACAGAAAACCCAAAUCAUCAAUCUUUCUAUCACCUCGAUUAUUCUCAAGUUUUAGCUCAAAAGGAAUCAACGACACUGAAUCCCUUCUAAGCCCCACUUCAAUUCUUGACGGAAAACCCUUUUCUGUUUUGAGAAACCCUUUCUGGUCCGAUUCGAAAAUCGUCAAGCCUGAAACCCGACCCAGCUGGGACAAAUUGGACUCCAGAGGAGUUGGUCUCGGCAUAGUGGAUGCUCUCAAAGAUGACAAAUCAACGCCCGAUCUAUCAAAGCCCGAUACCCGAAUGGUUUUAUUCGGAUCCCAGCUGAAGAUCCAGAUUCCACAGCUCCCACCCUCUGUUUUCCAUUCCCAGUCUGAAUCGCCCAAAUCGCCGGCCGAUUUCGGCAUCAAGACGAGGAACGCUCAAGUGGGUCGGAAGUCCCCACCGCCGCCGGCAAAGAGAACCGAUUCCAGGUCCCUGCCGGGAUUCAUCUCAGCAAGCGAUAUGGAGCUUUCUGAAGACUAUACCCGUGUAAUAUCUCAUGGUCCGAAUCCUAAAACAACUCAUAUAUUUGAUGAUUGUAUUGUUGAAAGCUGCUGUGGGGUUGUGGAUUUCUCAGCGACCAAGAAAGAGAGUGACAAUGGGUUUAGGGCGAUGACAACGAAGAGCAUGAGUUACCCAUCUGAGAGUUUUCUUAGCUUUUGUUACGGUUGCAAGAAGAAUCUUGGCCAUGGGAAGGACAUCUACAUUUACAGAGGUGAGAAAGCUUUUUGUAGCUGUGAAUGCAGGCAGAAGGAGAUGAUGUUAGAUGAAGAAGAGGAGCAUGAUGUUUGAUUUCUCUCUCUCUUUCAAUCUCCUUGGCCAUGCAAUUUCUCAACAUAAAAGUGAUGAUGAUGAUGAUUAUGGAUCAUGGAUACUCAAGUGAAUCAGAUAGAUAGAUAAUCAUAUGAUCAUAUCACCAAAAGGGGGAAAAAUAAAAAUAAUAAUAAUGAAGAUUUGGGUUUUUUAUCUUGUUUUCUUGCCCAAUUCUUCUUCCCUAUGUAUUGUUAGAAGUACAAUCUCUUCUCUUAAAGGAGGGACUUUGAUUUUGUUAGUUGCCUGCCUUUAGCUGGUGUGAUGAUCCUUUUCAAACAUCAAAUAUAUAUUUAUGAGUUUUUUUUUU